CUCAUGGUAGUUUUUUAGUUUUGGCAGUUAAUGUUAUUAACUUUCAAACGUUAAAAAUAUAAAUAAGUGUUUUCAUUUUUAUUUAUAUGUCUUGUUUACAAAUGUAUCUUUAAACGUUUAUGUUUACAGUUACAGCAGUGUAUUAUUGGUGGUGUGAGAGCAAUGGAGAGUAUCCCACUGGCAAAAUACAACAUAGGAGACCAUCUGAAUCCUGUUGUAAGAAUUAAACGUUUAACUGAGGAGGAUGUUAAGAAGUAUAAGCGAAUUAAGAGAAUUUCUGAGUUGGAUCCAAAAAACAAUGAUUUUCUGCCAAGUCCUGGAGGUGAAGUCAGCUUGGAAUAUAUGGAUAAUGAGUCAGGUGAGGCUUUAUCAACAUCUGGAGAAAACGGCCAAUGUUCCAGCAACCAUAUCCAUAACAGAUGCUCUAGAAAUCUGAAGGCAGUUUAUGAAGAUACUGAAGAUCAAACACCACGGGUAUGUCCCAAACAAGUAGAUCUUAAGACAAAAAUAUCUGAAGUGCACCAUAGUAGUAACGAAUGCCCCAAAGAGACAGAUUAUGGUUUUGACAGCGAGGAGAAUAGUAGAUCACGGAAUGAAGAAUUUUUGUUUGACGAUCCAAAUAAUUCAAUUCAGUCCAAUUUGCAGUUUUCAGACAGCUUUCCACAAGAAAUUACAACCGAUUUGGCUUUCUUCGAUGAAGAAAUUCUUCGAUUUGAUCAUGGCCGGAUGUUAACUGAUGAAGAGGUCUGGGAUGGAUUGCAAAGCCUGAACUCAGAAAAUGUAUUAGUGUUACCCCCGAGUGUCUGUUUGAAGGUGAGGCUAUUAGAUGAGGAAGUUGACAGAGACAUAUUUCCAGAGAUUGACUUCAACACUCGUUUGAUUAUAGCCCCCAUAUCCAAUGCACAGCAAGAUGAUCAUACAGGGUUUAAUACAGAAGGCAGCCACUGGAGCUUGGUUGUGGUGGAUUUGUGGAAACAAGAAUAUUUAUACCUUGACUCUAUUCCAAGGUUCAAUUAUUCUGAUGCUCUGGAAUUCUGUAAGAAUGCCAAUAUUUUGUUAGGUUUCAAGCAUUUCAAGUUCAUUGUAAAAGAAUGCCGGCAGCAAAAUGAUGGCUAUAGUUGCGGUCUUGAGGUGAUGAAGAACGCUCGAGAACAAGUAGAACUGUUGAAACAUAACCUUAUAGGAUCGUCCAUUAUGACAGGGAACACUGCAUUUGCUGGGAAACCCAAGUUGGUAAUAAUGGGGGACUAUCAUGCCCAAAACAUCGCAGAACUCCUUCAACAGAUAGUUCCACAGUUUGAUAUACUGAGCGAUUGCUGUCAAGGAGCUUCCGUGAGUAUCACGGUUCAUGUCAUAUCGGUUAUCUCAAAAUUCCUACGAGAGGAAGAUUGUAUUCUUGUGAUCACUGGAACUGAAGAGACAAAGCCCAGGGACUAUCCCAUAGCUGCACUACACAUAUCAGAGAUAAUCACCAAGACUAACACUGCAGGAACCUUGGUUGACGAGGUGCCUUCCUUCAGGUUCUGUCUGAUCCGUCAGAACGCCAAGUGCCAAAAGGAUAGUGAUGAAUCUUUGCAGGACAACUUGAUUGAUAGUUUAAGUUAGCCCACACAGACCAGUGCCUUCAUUUGUUGAUAGUGUAAUAUGUUUUAAUUGUUAACAUUAAUAAUGUUAAAACAUUGUUUAUUA